AUGAGCAUUUUCCCCGAACGGACGCCCUCCCUGGACGAUGAGACAGCUGUUCUUCUAAUAAACGUCAGGUUCACGAAUUCCUUCGAUCUCCCCAUCGAUAUCGACCAACCUCGCCAGACCUACGUCGCGGCUCUCAAGCAUAUGGUGCGCUCUAAGCUCGAGGAACCGCUCUCUAACCACUGCUUUCGUUUUAUUUACAGUGGCAAGCUACUUCGGGAUGAAGAUAUCUUAGGCAAUGUUCUGAAGCUUCCUGGUGCACCUCCACGUCGCUAUGACCCAUCUGGAAAAGGAAAAGCUAUUGAAAUCAGUCCUACGCGUAUCUGUAUCCACUGUGCUAUUGGCGAUGUCCUCACACCGGCCCAGCUGGCAGCCGAGGCCGAAGCGGCCAUAAAGUCAUGGAGCAAGCCAUUCCAUCCUCGUUCUGACACAAAUCAUGCAACAUCCCUUCCACCGCUCAAAUUAUUUAGCUCGACGCCGCGCGGAUUUGAUAGGCUGCUUUCAAGCGGAUUUACAGCAAUUGAGGUGAACCAAUUGCGCCUGCAAUUCCGGUCCAUUCAGCAGAGCAUCCAUACGCCCGAUACUAUGCCAUCCCCUGACACUCUCCUACAAAUUGAAGAUGCCUGGAUUGAUGAUAACUCCGGGAAUAACCCGAGUGCCUCUGGCUUCGACUUUGGAGAUGAUAGCCUGGGAAGUGGCGCCAUUGACGAUAUUUUGUGGGGUAACCUAAUCGGAUUCUUCUGGCCACUGGGAUGUAUGGGAUUCUUAAUGCGGGAAAGCGGGCUGUGGUCCCGCAGAAGACAGAUUGCCGUAUUCACCGGCUUUAUUCUCAGCAUUGCCUUUGGGAUGUUGCGGAUCUUGUCGUGA